AUGCUAACAUUUUUCGCCGUCGAACAACUUUUUCUCUAUCAGUCACAUUCACUGCAAACCAUUUGUUACCAGUAUUUCACAGAACACGUCGUUGGAAUCUUGAGAAGAAACCCACUUGACCUCCACAGCUGCCUGAACUACACACUAAACAGGCUGCAAAGUUGCAGCCUAGGCAGAUCUGGCAUUAUGGCGAGCAAUGAGGCAGCGACAUGGCAAAGACGGAAGACAAUCGGGUCUGCUACAAAAUUAAAUCCUAUACCCAAAGGCUCCGCGCUGCACAAGCGGCCGCUCAUUCGACGGUCUCUGCCCGCGUCCUCCAAAGACCGCAUCAUCUACGUGUCUUCCAGCACGCCCUUCAUGUCGGCUGUGAAGCGCGUGCGCAAGCAGCUGGACCGGUCCCUCAAGUCGGGCGGCAGCUCGCAGGCCGCGCGCAAGAACGCGUCGCUGCACGCGCGCAUCGAGAGCCUCCAGCGCGACGUGGAGAGAGGCGCCUCCAGCGCCCGCAGCGCCAACGACGAGUACGGCGCGACCGUCACGCUCGUGGGCACCGGCAAGGCCGUCGAGAAGACGCUCUCCCUGGCCAGCUGGUUCGAGCAGCAGGCCGGCUGCCGCGUGGCGGUCAAGACCGGGACCGUGGCGACGGUGGAUGAUGUUGUGUCGGCGGUGGGAGAGCCGGCGAUGGAGGCGGCGGAGCAGGGAGAGGACGAUGAGAACCGGCUCCGUCGGUUAAGCUGCCUGGAAGUCGUCGUGAGCUUGAAGUGA